UCUGCCCUUGAACAGCAAGAGAGACCAGGAAACACAAAGAGACAGAAAACAAUGCCAAAGAACCAAGGUUAAGCCCUGGAGAGAAACCACACAUCUUCCAGGUGGUCAUGGGGGUGCCCACAAGGAGAGACUGAGGCUGCGAGCAGACUGAGUGCAGCCCGGUCCUGGCCCUACCCUGCACCUCCACAUGUCUGAGAAGGCUCAAGCUGACCCCCAGGGGACUCAGCCAUUGGAUCCCAACAACACCGAAGACGAGCGUCAUAGCUUUCUGCCCUUUAUCUAUGGCCCUCAAGUCAGUACCAACAUCCAGGACCACUAUGGGAGUGCCCCAAGGUUUCUGACGGCCCCCAGUAAUCGCCGGAUCAGUAUCCAGACCCUUCCGUCAGCCGUCACCACUCGCCCCAUCCGUAACCAAGAGCUUCUAACGCCUGGCCACAGCCGCCAGUCCAGUAUUCAAGAAUCUCCACCAACUGUCCACAGUCAUCGGGUCAGUAGCCAGGAACCUGCUCAACCUGCUACCUAUGGUCACCGGGUCAGUAUCCAAGAGCCUGCACCUAUUACCCAUGGUCACCGGGUCAGUAUCCAAGAGCCUGCACCUAUUAUACACAGUCACAGGGUCAGUAUCCAAGGGUCACUACCCACUACUCAUGGUCACCGGGUCAGCAUCCAAGAGCCGCUACCUGCUGCCCACAGUAGCCAGGCCAGUAUCAAAGAGCCCUCACCUACUGCCCACAGUAGCCAGGUCAGCAUCGAAGAGCUGCCACCUGCUACCCGCACUCGCCGGGUCAGUAUCCAAGAGCCACCACCUGCUACCCGUACUCGCCGGGUCAGUAUCCAAGAGCCUCCACCUGCUGCUACCUUUGGGCGCCGGCUCAGUGUCCAAGGGCCUCCACCAGCUGCCCACGGUCGCCGGCUCAGUGUCCAAGCGCUCCCACCAGUUGUCCCCACUCGCAAUCUCAGUAUCCAAGAAUCUCCACCAACUGUCCACAGUCGCCAUCCCAGUAUCCAAGAAUCUCCACCAACUGUCCACAGUCGCCAUCCCAGUAUCCAAGAAUCUCCAACUGGUCCCACUCACCGGCUCAGUAUCCAAGAAUCUCCACCAGCUGUCCACACUCGCCAACCCAGUAUCCCAGAGACUCCACCACCUGUCCACGCUCGCCAUCCCAGUAUCCGAGGAUCUCCACCACCUGUCCACGCUCGCCAUCCCAGUAUCCNAGGAUCUCCACCACCUGUCCACGCUCGCCAUCCCAGUAUCCAAGGAUCUCCACCACCUCUCCACACUCGCCAUCCCAGUAUCCAACAAUCUCUGCCAACUGUCCACACUCAGCCACUCAGUGUCCAAAAAUCUCCUCCCCUGGACGACACCCAUUCAGCUUACCAAACCCACCAAUUGGACAUCCCCCAGACACCAACCCAGACUCAAGGCCUCACAAGCAAACAAACCCGGCCCAAAGACCAUGUCCCCCCAUCCAUUACCCAGAGCCCCACGGCCAGCAUUGAGAGCAUCGACUCGGUUAACUGGAGCUCCCAGGCGAGUCCCAAAGAAACUGGGCUUGCCUCCCAACCCAACCAGACCAUUCCUGUUGACGUGCAAGACUUCUUGCUAGCCAGCUCCACCAGCAUUAAUGCUAGCAAGUUUCAGAAAAGCAGCAGCCGUCAGAUCCGGCUGCCCAUAUGCUGGCAUCUGCUGCAUGAGGCCAGGAAGAUCAGCCGCCAGCUGAGCCUGGUGCUGACCCUGGCCGGCCUGGUGAUCAUCGGCUUCAUCUCUCUGGGCCAGCCCUGGAUGCACUUCCAAGUGCCACUGGAGCCCCCCGGGGACCCCGCCGGCACCCCGACCAUACCCAUCAACACCAUCCUUUUUGUGGCGUGCUCUGACAUGUCCUGCAUGAAGGAGUACGACCAGUAUGCUUACCUGCUGGACCUCUCCUGGGCCUUCCUCUUCUUCUCCAGCAUCACCAGCGUCUGCCUGUGUGUGGCCCUCAUCCUCCUGCUCUUCUUCACCAGCUCCAACCUGCCUGUGCUGGACUUCGUCCUCUUCAUCGGCAGCAUCAUGACAGGCACAGCACUAAGACCUUUUCCUGGGGAUAUGAACACGGAGCACCUCACUGUGCCAGUCACAAAGCACAGCCCCACCCCCACCCCACCUGCACUCCCAGCCCCGAUCCUCUCCUUCCCCAUAUCCAGCCCAUCCCAAUAA